CACCACAAACGUACAACCCUUAGUUCACAAUAAUUCAUUUCUGCUUCCUCUUAAAUCACAUGAACAAGGGGCGGGGCCGUGUUGUGCUUAUCACGUGACACUGCAGUCUUGUGACUCCGGUAGGGCUGUUCUGAGAGAAGUAGCGGCAGUCCAGUUAGUGACAGCAGGAGACCGGUUGAUAUGGCUCUGCGGCGAGUCGCUGUCCUAGGGAUUCUCUCCCUGUCCUUUUAUCUGUCCCCGUCCCUCUGUCUGCGCUCUCACUCGCACGGGGAGCUGCUGGAUGCGGAGACGCAAUUGACUGUAGCCGAGGACUCACCCUACGGUUCUCUGUGGCCGCUGCCUCAAACAGUGACUUUCUCUGCCGAUACUUUCCGCAUCCCGCCGUCCGCCUUCAGCAUUGUGCAUGGCUCGGGCUCCACAGUGGGCGCUUCCUGUGUGAUGCUGCAGGAUGCCUUCCGCAGGUAUUACGAUUACAUGUUUGGCUAUUCCAAAUGGAAACAUUUGUCUGAAAAGCCUUCUGAUGCUGGCCAGUUGCUGCAGCUUCAGGUUAUAAUUCUUUCUCAGGAUCAUGAAUGCCAUCAGUAUCCCACUGUUAAAUCGGAUGAAUCAUAUGAACUGAGUGUUGGAGAGAAUGUCGCUGUCCUGAAAGCAAAGCAAGUUUGGGGCGCUCUCAGAGGGCUGGAGACUUUCAGUCAACUCAUCUAUGAAGACAGUUUUGGAGCUUUUCUGAUCAACAAGACUCAUAUAGAGGAUUCCCCAAGGUUUGCGCACAGAGGAGUUCUACUGGACACUUCCAGGCAUUACCUGCCGCUGAAAACCAUUUUUCUGAACUUGGACGCAAUGGCGUUUAACAAGUUUAAUGUGUUUCACUGGCAUAUUGUUGAUGAUCCAUCUUUCCCCUACCAGAGUGUUACUUUUCCUGAUCUAAGUGACAAGGGUUCUUAUCACCCAUACACACACGUUUAUACCCCCAUUGAUGUCCGGAUGGUGAUUGAAUUUGCUAGAAUGAGAGGAAUUCGUGUUGUACCAGAGUUUGAUUCACCGGGACAUACGGAUUCUUGGGGUAAAGGGCAACAAAAUCUUUUAACUCCUUGCUUCAACAAAGAAAAGCUGACCGGUACAUUUGGCCCUGUCAAUCCCAUCCUAAAUGAUACUUACAAUUUCAUGUACACGUUUUUUCAAGAAGUCAGCAAAGUUUUCCCUGAUCAAUACAUCCACUUAGGAGGGGAUGAAGUAGACUUUUCUUGCUGGAGAUCAAAUCCGGAUGUUACCAAAUUUAUGACUGACCGUGGCUUUGGCACAGACUACUGCAAGCUAGAAUCAUAUUACAUCCAGCAAAUCUUGGGCAUCGUCUCAUCUCUUAAGAAGGGCUACAUGGUCUGGCAGGAGGUCUUUGAUAACAAUGUAAAGUUGAAUCCAGACACCAUAAUUGAAGUGUGGAAGGAGAAGCUGUAUCAAGAGGAAAUGGCAGCUGUUACAGCUGCCGGCUUCCAAGCCCUUCUUUCCUCUCCUUGGUAUCUAAAUCGCAUCUCAUAUGGUCAGGACUGGAUCCAGGUCUACAGAGUUGAACCAACCAAUUUUAAUGGAACUGCCCAACAGAAGCAGCUUGUGAUUGGAGGGGAAGCCUGUUUGUGGGGUGAAUUUGUGGACGCCACCAAUCUUACUCCAAGACUAUGGCCUCGAGCGAGUGCUGUAGCUGAAAGAUUAUGGAGCAGCCAGAGUGUGACGUCGGUGGGAGAUGCUUACAAUCGGCUUGUGAAACAUCGCUGCCGCAUGGUCAGGCGCGGAAUAGCAGCUGAGCCUUUAUACGUGGGCUACUGUGACCAUGAGCUGGAUGUCUGAAUUGGUCACAUGACACUGCAAUUCUUGCACCAAUCAGCAAGGGAGCAGCUGUGGGAUGUAGAGGGCCAAACAAUGCACUGAAUUCUUUUCCUGAUCAUAUUGUUAAGGAGGUGUGUCUCCAAGCUGCAGCCUUUCAUGGUGGCAUUGCCUUUGCCAGAGUCCCAUGUCAGCUGAUGAGCCACGUUUGGCACCCUUGUGCACAUUUUUUUUUCAAAUAAAUCAUGAUCUACAUAGAGCGAUAUUUACAUAAUAAAAUUCUCUAUUUAAAAUAAA